AUGAACAACCUACAGAUAUCCCCUUUCAUCGCCUCCCUUCCCAAGGUCGAACUGCACAUUCACAUCGAAGGCACCCUCCAGCCUCCUCUCCGCUGGACUCUUGCCCAACGCAACAACAUUCCCCUGAGGUUCAAAGACCAGACCUACAGGACCUACGAAGAGCUUCUUGAAUCCUACAAAGUCACAUACAACCACCGCCCCGAGCUGGGCGGCCGCAAAGAUGUGCCCACCUUCCUGGAAGCCUACUUUGCCGGCUGCGAGGUCCUCCUUCGAGAAGAAGACUUUUACGACCUCGCCAUGGACUACCUGAAGCGGUGCCAGGAGAUGAAGGUGCGCUACGUCGAGCCAUUCUUCGAUAUUCAGGCUCACACCAGGAGAGGAGUCGCCGCCGAGGCCGUUCUAAACGGCUACCUGAGGGCACAAAGGGACGGCGCAGAACGCUACGGUGUCAAGUCGCAGUGGAUAUUCUGCUUCUUGCGCGACGAGCCUGUUGAGGAUGGCGAGGCUGCCUACGAGACUGCUCUGCCGUGGGCCACGUGCAACGGGGGACACGGGCUGUUUCACGCCGUUGGACUGGCGAGCAAUGCCUACGAGAGACCGCCGAUGCUGUUCAAGAAUGCGUUUGCCCGUGCCAGGGCAGACGGGCUUCACCUCACAACGCACUGCGAUUUCGGCCAAAAGGAUACUCACGAGCAUAUCCGACAGGCUAUUUUCGACGUGGGCGUUGAAAGGAUAGACCACGGACUGGAUGCCCUCGAUCGUGAUGAGCUGGUUGAAGGCCUCAGAACAAGGGGAGUCGGAUUGACCCUUUGCCCGCAUGCCUAUCACAGACGCACGGCGACGGAAGCCCUGUUUCCUAAAUUACGGCAGCUUCUGGACAAGGGCGUCAAGUAUUCCAUCAAUAGUGAUGAUCCUGUGUAUAUGCACGACGUGUGGAUCGACGGCAACCAGGAGAAGGCAUAUCACUAUGGUGAGUUGUCCAAGGCGGAAAUGGUGCAGUUGGGGAGAAAUGCGGUAGACAUGUGCUGGGCCGAUGAGGAUGUCAAGAAGAGCGUUUAUGCAGAGUUGGACGCUGUUGAUACCGACUAG